AAAACGUCCUUGCGUUGUGUGAGACGCACGCAUGCGCACGUCGUAUAGAGGAAGGAAGCAAACAUGUCGAUAGAAGACCCAUUUUUUGUUGUGAAGGGGGAGGUGCAAAAGGCCCUCUCCCGUGCCCGGGGCCUGUUUGAUAGGUGGGAGGAACUGUUGCAGGAAGGGACACAGGUGAGUCGAGAUGAGCUGGAUUGGAGUGCCAAUGAACUAAGGAACUGUCUGAGGGCCAUAGACUGGGACUUGGAGGAUCUCAGUGAAACUAUCAGCAUUGUGGAGUCCAACCCAGGGAAGUUCAGGCUGGGUGACAAUGAACUUCAGGAGAGGAGAGACUUUGUGGAGCGAACCAGGAAGUCUGUUCAGGAUAUGAAGGAUCACCUGUCCAGCCCUUCUGCUGUGGCUCAAGCAGAGAAGAAGAACAGACAGGCUUUGUUGGCUUCAACGGGGCAGGACAGAUCAACAGGACUAGAGGCUCAUCUGGUGUCGGCAAACUCCAGAUACAUCCAGGAGCAACAGGAACAGCAGCAGCUGAUCAUGCAGGAGCAGGAUGAGCAGCUGGAGUUGGUGUCGGGCAGCAUCAGAGUCCUCAAAGACAUGUCUGGACGGAUUGGAGACGAGCUUGAUGAGCAAGCGGUUAUGCUGGAGGAUUUUGGAGAUGAGAUGGACCAGACUUCGUCCCGCAUGGACUCGGUCUUAAAGAAGCUUGAGAAAGUAUCUCACAUGACAAGCAGUCGGAGGCAGUGGUGCGCCAUCGGAGUGCUGGUCACCGUCUUGAUUGUGGUCCUUAUCCUUCUCUUUGCUCUCUGAUGUCAAUGACCUCUGACCUCUCUUUGUUCACCAACUCCUCCCUGUCUGGAUGAAUGGACAGAUAAAGACGGAAGAGGAACGUCUCUCCUGCUUCCCCUCAAAUCACUCCCUGUCCUCACACCGAGGAGAAACCGGUGAUCUGCAGAAAAAAAGUUUGAAUGUAAUCCUCUGCUCAACUUUUGAUGAAUUUUAUGGUGGGAAGAAAGGCCGGGCUCUUUCACCUGCAGAGCUCUGCUCGAUCAAAACUUUGAUGGUAUUAUGUAUUUUAUAUUUGUGAAUUCCGGUUAUCGUUGGAAAUCAUGGUACGUAUUUGGGAAGACGUGACGAGAAACUGUUGCCGUUGGACUUAAACGCAAAUUUGUAAGCUUAUUUCAAGUUUUGUUUUAAGCUUAUUUUCUGCCACUUAUUAAGAAUGAUUGAGGUUGACAUUUGCACCCAACAAGUGUUUAAUGGUGACAAAACAGAAAACACAAAUUUUAACACAACAGCUAAUGUCACGUGUUGACUUCAGCGGCUUGUGAAACAUGAUUCUCAGAAGGUUUAUUGGGUGAAAAGUACUAUUCUGACUAGAUUUAUAAAAUCAAAUGGACCUACUUGUUUCAAACAGUAGCAGCAAUGGAAGAGUGGGGUGGGGGGAGUUGCCUUAAAUGUAUUUUUUUAUACCAUUUUGAAAUGUGCAGUAUUUUCAUGUGCCUACAUAUGAGUUAGGAUGGGAAAUAAACUCAAUUUUCAGUUAAACCUGAAGUGAGGCAGCCUCUUUUGGCCAAAGGGCUGAAGAAUUUCCUUCUUAUCCAACGCAGCAGCAGCAGAUAGAUAGGAAGUGUUAGUCUUUGCUGAUGCUGCCUCGAUGUUUGCGCUCCAAACAUCAAUGUGAAAGCAUAAUGGCAUCCAUUGCUAGAUCCAGUUUCUGCUCACGUGCCAGAUGCUUUCAGAAACAGAAAAAUUCCUGCAGGAGACAGAGACGGUUCGUUUCCUGCCCUAAUUGAGCGCCGUCUCAGUGAGGUGAAGUCAGGUCUGCAGCCAGCCGCCUUCGCACCCCUGCAGACGUUUAUGUACAUGAUUGGCCAGGGCUUUGUUACUCUUGCUGAGUGAUGAGAUACAGCCCUGCUCAGAGCGAAUGGAUUUGCCUUUUCAUUGAAAAGCUUCAGCUAAUCAGGAGGUAUGGUUGCUGGGCAAGAUGUCUCUAUGUCCAACCCAGACUUGGGCUCAUAGCUCCCUCUGCUGGAGGCUGUAGGGCAUGUUGUGUUUGUUUUUUUGUUUUUUUUGUUCGUGUAUGUUUCAUCAGGCAACACUAAAGUGUGUGUGAAGGUGCUGUAUAACAACAUAAAUGCUUUAAUUUUGUGUACGUGUAAAUGAAUUUUUCUGAAAAAUGGUGUAGUGUUUGCUUAAUAUUUUUGAUCCAUUGAAAUCAGAUACCUUUAUUUAAACUUUUAAGGUCACCUAGUUUUAGAAGAAAAUACCAGCUUUUAUAAUAUUUCCCAUUUUUGUUUGCCAGAAAAAUUAAAAGGCCUGAUGUGUUUAGUUUUAUGCAUGUGUGAGGAGUGCACCCCUUCCUGCCAAAGCUGGAGUUUUAAUCUUCUCUUAGUAGUUAGUGUGCUGUUAAUGUGCUGUUACAUAUUUUAGCCCUCACGCUUCAACAGGAAAGACAAACUAAAA